AUGAAUUCCACAUUCAAUGGAGCAGCAGAUCAACAGCGCAGGCCCAGUUUUAUUCAGCCAGUUGCACGUACAAGAGAUGAUAUCAACGGAGACCCGAUGAUCGUCAAAGCUUCGCUCUUGAGGACCCCCAGAAGCAAUCAACAAGCAGGAAACAAGUCGCCUGGAGCGUGCAGAAGUAGUCGCAAGAUUUGGGGAGUGGAGAAGCGAGUGACGAUUGAGUUGACUAGCGAGAGGUUGGGGGCAAACAGCGAUACAACUGGCCACUGGGGGUCCGGAACAGCGCGGCGUCGGUGAGGUUGUGCUGCGAUCUCGGGGGUUAUUAUCCCAUCCACUCCACUAGGGAUAGCCUGGAG